CCAGCGGUGAAGUACGACGACGAAUAGCAAUAGAUGGUGCAUCAAUCUGGGUGUGGGAUGGAGAUGAAGGGGGAGCUACAACGGGGAGCAGUUCCACUAGAGGAUAUGAUCCCUUAUAAUGAAGACGACCUCUUGCUUGCAGAGGAUACUAAAGGUGAGCAGGAUGAUGAUUUUGACAUGUCCCGCUACCUUACAAACCUCUGCGCUGUGUGUGAGAGCUGGGAUUUCGACAGUGAGACGAGCUGUGAUGUUGCUGUAUGUGAGAGUGACGAGCAUGAGGGGGGGGCAGGAGAGAGGUGGGUUAGCUUGAUGGCACUCUCCUAUCCGGUAGAGGAUGAGGGUGCCGCAGGUGAUGGAGAGCGGGAUUAUGCCACUGAUGAUGUAGGUGAGUGGGAGGUUGAUGAUGAGAGGUUAGUUGGCAAUGGUAAUGCAGGUGCGUGGGAAGGGGACUGGGGGCUAUUGGCAUCGGUGGAAACGGCGGCAACAGCAGCGGCGGCGGCAACGGCAAAAGCAAGGGCGAACACAGCAAUAGUAACAACAACAAUAUCAACAUCAACAAUACUGGAGGUGGAACAGGGGUGUAGGGCUGACGUAGUGGUUGUGGUAGAUGACAGGCAAGGAAGGGGUGAGAUUGACGAGAAGGGUGGGAUGGGUGACGACGACAGGCAAGGAAAGGGUGCGGUUGACAAGAAGGGUGGGAUGGGUGACAAUAACAACGACAACAACAACAAUAACGACGGCGAGCGGUGACUGAGCGAACUGGCUCAGACGGGCGUGAAGGAGGAAAACAACAACAAUAAGAACAACGGCGUCAACACCAUCAACAACA